ACGUUAAACGGACGGCCGGCUGGUUGGUUGGGUGGGUGGGUGAACGACAGGAUCCUGUUUAUUUCGGAUAAACUGUUUAUUUACAGACAAUGUACUGAAUAAUGUACUGUUUUAACGGGACAGUUAUCAUAAUUCUAGCAAACAGCACAGAAAAAGGCACUGAAUAGUUACCAUGGGUUUUUUAAGAGGCUGCUUGAAACUAUGUAAGUUGGACGAGGGCUUGAAGCAUUUUCUUAUCCUGUGUGUCAUCACAAUCGUUAUUCUUCCCAUGAUUUGUACUUUAUUACGAGACUCGAUUUUUUAUAUAAAACCAAUUAAUGUAGACAAAGAAAAAAAACUUUUGAAAAUCAUUGAUUCUAAAAGAUUAAAUGAAAGUCUACAAAUUCUAAAUCUUUCCAACUCUAAAAAUUUUUCUGAUGAAAGGCCACAUCAUUCUCUGUUUAAAAACCAAAACAUUGACAUAGGUGUCACGAUCAUUACAGUCUCGCGAAACAGACACCAAUUUGAUUUGUAUGAACCAAAGUAUUUAACGCAAGUAGCCGGGAAAAUUGUAUCCUUACUAAAAGAUCCAGCAUUAAAUAAAACCUAUGCUGUUUUUCUGUGCAAUGUAGAUCCUGAUCCAAAUUCAUACACUGAAAUAUCCCCACUUUCAAAAAUACUUCCGACAUUUCAACGCUUCACUGCAAAAAUACCCCAGCGUUUAAAUAUAUUCGAAAAAGAAAAACAGGAUUAUUUAUUUUGUUUGAACGAAACAAUGAACAGGAAAGCGAAUUAUACAUUUCUGAUUGAGGAUGAUGCGUACCCAGAUGAUACGUUAUUUUCUGUUCUGGAACAUGUCAUAGAUAAUAGAAUUGAGAAUAAGUUCUCUGAAUUUAAGUCAACAGUUCGUGAUGUAACUUAUGUUAAAUUUUAUCACCCUCCACGUUUACUGGGAUAUUACAGUUUGGAAGUGGAAAGGAUUCCAGAGUUAAUAUCAAUCAGUGUUUUAUUUGGAACCAUAAUGUGUCAAAGUUACGCGUACCUUUUUAUCAAAUCAAAAUACAGCAUGAACAAAAUGUGGUUCCUGUUUACAGUUUAUUCCUGUCUGGUUGCCAUAGCAAUCGGACGUCAGAACAUCAUGGAAUUUCGACGCGUUUCUAGUAGUUUAUUUCAAGUGACACCUGCACCCUCCUGUUGCACACCAGCCUUAUUAUUUACACAACAUGGAGGUCAAAAGGUCAUGGAAUAUAUGCAGAAUGUAAGAUGUAGAUAUAAUUAUGCUAAAGAUAUGGUUUUAGAAGAUGUUAAACGCAAACAUGGACUGGUUGGUCUAUUAGUUCAACCCAAUUUAUUUAAACAUAUAGGACUUUAUUCAUCUUUACGAUCAAAGGUAUUAGAUCCAUUCAUUGUCUAAUCUAUUUCAUUUAUUUCCUAUAAAGUGGCUCAGUGAAUAAGAUGCUUGCUCACUAUCCAGUAGGUCGGGGAUUCCAUCCUGGUCUUGGUCCAUUCAUUGUCUAGUCUAUUUCAUUUAUUUCCUAUAAAGUGGCUCAGUGAAUAAGAUGCUUGCUCACUAUCCAGUAGGUCGGGGAUUCCAUCCUGGUCUUGGUCCAUUCAUUGUCUAGUCUAUUUCAACAGUCACAUAAAAAGAAGGGGGGGGGGUAGUCAUGGAUUACAGGACACUAAUCUUUUGAUUAGAAUGUCUUCCGUCUAGUCCAUUUCGUUAGUCAGAUAAAAAUGAUGCCACUCAUAUUGAGUGUUCUGUGUAAUAAUAGAUAUAUAUAUAUUAACUGAUUUCCCAGGUAAAUUGAUAUUUACUAGUCAAUCAUACUAUCUAAUUACCUCCUCCUAUAUUAAUGCCUAGGACACACCUGUUCAAUUUUUUGGCGAAUCCUUCAGGUGUGAUCUUCACCUCAGCUUCGGCCGACACCAUAUUUAUCAUUGCCUAUAUUAGAUGGCCAAAUGGCAUUGGCACAGAUAUUUUCCUAGUGUGUCGACUGCCUUGCUGGAGUUAUUUUGGCCGGACUACAGGGUGUAUAUCAUAUUAUCUAAUUAUCCUGAUAUAUUGUUUUUUACUGUCAAUAUGUCAUAUCUGAUCUUUUAGAGGCAUUUAGUAACUGGAUAGAGCAAUAAACUAUAACACAUACUUUCAAGCAAAUGAAAACGUUGAGAGAAUACUCUUCGAAACGUCGCCCAAAUAAAUCAGUAAUUGUUCUUCCAUAAGUAUGUGUUAUAGUUUAUGUCAUAUCUGAUAUUUUUAGUCACUGGUCAAUAUGUCAUGAUAUUGUUAUUCACUGGUCAAUAUGUAAUUUAUAAUGGUUUUAUAAUGUGUCUCCUAUAUUGAGUAUUGUAAUAACUACCAGUACUUACAUUUACAUUUAAUCUAUAUUAUAAUGAAUUGAACAUAUUAAUAUAUUGAAGAAGUUUAAUUGAACAUAUUAAUAUAUUGAAGUAGUUUAAUUUGAGAGAAGUGGGUUAUAUACAGGUAUGGUGAUUAUAUUUAUUAAGAUUUUGAUAGAAGUGGGUUAUAUUUAUUAACAUAUUGAAGUAGUUUAUUGUGAGAGAAGUGGGUUAUGUGCAAGGUAUACAAGUAUUUACAUCAGGUUUGGUUGAUAAUUGUCAGAUAUACAUAAACAAUAUGUAUUCAUAAUAUAUCAAAAUAUAACAAAUUUAAUACAAAAACAAGUUAAAAACUUAUUUAUAAAUUUGCUUCAUAAAUGAUUUUAUUCACUUUUGUUUUAUUUCAAGAAUCAGUAUUUGCAACUGAAUAUCCCCUACUUUUUUUGAAGAGUAUAUAUCAAAAUAUAACAUAACAUUUUUAAUACAAAAACAAGCUAAAAGCUUAUAUAUAAAUUUGCUUCAGUACUUUUGUCAUAUUUCAAGAAUCUAUUUUAUUUUACCUACAUUGAAAUUGAAGUUUUGUUGACUGAUUUUAGAAGAUUGUGUCUGUCUUUAGAUGACUGUGUUUGUCUUCCACUAGAAAUUAAAAAUAUCGAGCGCUUGUUCAUUUUCGUACCAUUUUGUCUACUUCUGAUUGUAGAAAUCAGAUUUAUAAAAAAAUUAUUUCAUACUUGUUUGUUUUGAUAUUUUCUGAUUUUAGAAGUUGUAUUUAAUCUUCCGCUAGAAACCCCAAAUAUAUACGUGUCCAGGUGAUCUUAUUUUAUACUUGUUUCUUUUCACAUUGGAUUUUAUAUUUGUUUGUUUUGAUUUUAUAAAGUUUACUUGUCUCUGUCCAGCAUUGAUUUCGUAGUUUAUUCCACACUUAGAAGGGGAGACGCGGUGGCUCAGUGAGUAAAUUACUCAGGAUUUUCCAGCGUUGCUUCCCCUUGUCAGUGAUGCAGGAUGGAGGGUCUGACAUGGAACUGUGUCUAGUCAAAAGAACCGUUGACAGUUGAAAUUUGAAAUAAGAGUAGGGCUGUAGGAACAAUUUCUCGCAUUGCACACUGCAUGGCAUCAUCACAGUUACCGUCCAUCAGUUAGUCAUGAUCAGUUAUUUAUAGUCAUAUGUUUGUUACAUGGUCGAACCCUUCCUCACUAAUGCAUUCAAGGUAAUUAGUGCAGAAUUUUGAAAAUUAUUUUGAAUACUUAUGUGAUAGAAGUAACCAACAAGAUACAUCUCAAAUGUUAUACGCCAACAUUGAAAUGUGGUCUUCUAUUGUUGUCAAACAGUUCAUUUUGUCCCUCGAUCGCAUGUGGACCCCUCGUGGGUUUUCUCCGGGUCCUCCAGUUUCCUCCCACUGCUAAAGAACCCUACGAGCAAGCGAAUUAUUGAAAUAAAAUUCAAUCGUAUGUUAGUCCCAAAAUGACGUAGUUUGUGUCAAGUGGACGUUAAACCCCAUUUUUCUCUCUCUCUCGCAUGUGUACAUUCUUAAUGGCUAUAAAGUUGUCAUCCCAAUUGAAAUAAAAUUCAAUCGUAUGUUAGUCCCAAAAUGACGUAGUUUGUGUCAAGUGGACGUUAAACCCUAUUUUUCUCUCUCUCUCGCAUUUGUACAUUCUAAAUGGCUAAAGUUGUCAUCCCAAUCAUACACUGUUUCUACGUUAAUAGGACAAUGAAGUCUUGUGGUCCUUGAAAUAUCUGGUGGUUAUAUACAGACCAAAGCACAGAGUUAUUGCCAUUGAUCAUUUUUUAGAAUCUUGUGAGUCGUCUAGUGGCGGAAGUUAUUUUCCAAUUGAUCCGGUUUAUAUUUUUGAAUGCACAGUGUUUAUGUGAAGAAAACUAUUGAUUUUCAAAAACUCGAACAUCAAAAGUUAUCAUUUAAUUACCAUUAGUCCUGCAUUUUUAUACGCCCACUUUAUCAUGUUGAUCUAUAUUAAAAUGGCCUCUGUCCGUCUGUCCGUCCAUCCGUCCAUAAUUCAUUUGUGGAUUGUGGACACUCUACAGGUCAAAAUUUUUAUAUGAUUUUGACGAAACUUAAAAUAUAGGUUUAUCUUCCAAAAAUCUCGGUUCAUUUCGAUAUUGGCAUGUAUUGGAUAGUAACUUAAUGGAUUAUGGCCCCUGAUUGUACCAAAACUCAUGUUUUUAGCUUGUGUAUGCUCUGGAAGUCACAAUUUUUACCUGUUGUUGAAUGUCCGUUUAUAACCCAAUAAUCGCUAUUCCUUUCAACAUUCACGCAUAUCGUACCGUAACUUUGUGGAUUAUGACCCCUGAUUGAACGAAAAAUCACAAUUUUUAUCCGAUUCAAAAAUAUAUCACCGCAACACCACAAGGAAGGUCGAGUUCAUAAUAUCGAGGUUGUGGACACUCUUAGAGAUCACAAUUUUGAUGAAACUUUCGAUAUUCAAACAUUUCAGGCCAUAACUUCCUACAUUAUGGACUCUGAUUGUAUGAAAAAUAACAUUUUUUUAUUUUUAGCUUGUUCUCAAUCCAACUCUUGCAAAAUGUGGGCAUAUCUUGCCUGGCAGUGGCUGGUAAUUUUCAAUGUCUUAUAAUUUUUCCUAUUUUAUAUAAAAAGAAUAAAUAUGUGAAUCACAUAAUAUUAUUGCCUGGCAACCUAUCCUUCGUUUUAUUGUCUUUAAUACAAUUUAUAUAUCCACAGAUUAAAAGUCUACUGUAUAUUUUAUUUUAUUAUAUACAUUGUAGACCUAUAUACUUAUUUCUGGUAUAUUUACUAUUUUAUUCUCAUUAAAUGUCUAAAGUAUAUACAAUUUGCAUAUUUACAAAAUUGAAGGUUUACUGUUUAUUUAAUUUUAUUAUAUAUUUGUGGAGCUAUAUACUUAUUGCUAGACUACUGUACAUGUAUACAGGGGCGGAUCUAGAAAUUUUGAAAAUGAGGGCACUGACCGCGGAGACAGGGCAUGCCGCUGAAAAGGUUUUUUGGGGUGGGGGCACCAAGAAAAUUAUCCGUCAUUUCCUUGCAUCUGUAGCCAUUCCAAGAGCUAUUUGGCUGAUAUUUUCGUCUAGGUAAACGUUCGGAAAUCGUUGAAAAAGAGCCUUACUUGAUUCCACAAGAUGCUAUCAUUGAUGUCUGUCUAUAGUCAGUCUAUAAGAUUAGGGCACCGUCAGCUUAACAACAAAAAUUCGUUUGAAAGUGGAAGCAUUAAUUAGAUCAGACUGGUGUGUUUGAGUCAUUUGGGAUCCCUGCAACGGGUUGGGAACGGACAUAUUUGGGUCUGAGAAAAGCCACUUUCAGCAGUAAAAAGGGCACUGUUGAAAAUUAGGGGGGUGGGGGGGCCCGCGCCCCUCUGGAUCUGCCUCUGGUAUAUUUUAUUAUAUACACUGUAGAUCUAUAUACUUGUUGCUAUUUUAUUCUCAUUAAAUGUCUAUAUACAUAUUUACAUAUUUACAUAAUUGAAGAUUUACCGUAUAUUUGAAUGUUUUGAUAUACAUUGUAUAUAUAUAUAUAUAUACUAUAUGUAGGAGCUAGUCAAUCUCCCAGAGUCCCAACCCCCGUGGGUUUUCUCCGGGCCCUCCGGUUUCCUCCCACUGCUAAAGAACCUGGGUCCUCUGGUUUCCUCCCACUGCUAAAGAACCCUAUGCACAAGCGAAUUAUGGAAAUAAAAUUGAACCAUAGGUUAGUCCCAAAAUGACCUCUCCCAAACAGAGUUGUCUUCCCUUGCAGUUCACACUAACUGCUGGAUAGCUAGUUACUUUAGUAACGAAGUUUUGGAGACCCCUAGUGCUCUCUCUUUGUUUCUGGCGCGUCCUAAUGACAACUAAUAUGAAAAUAAAUCUUUUUCCCCAUCUCGGUUCUAAGGCUAUUUUGAAAUCCUUUUGCCACAUCCACAAAUACCAGUAAAAUUUAUGUAUUCAACAUACAUCAACAAUCAUUACAUAAAAUCGAUUAAUAUGUAAUUCAAGUACAGCAAGAAUUUUUUGUUCACGGUAAAAUUGCAUUCCUAAAUUUGGAAUAUUGGCUGAACGCGGCUAUGAACCUGUCAAUCUGUUUCACAGAUUAUUACGAAAGUCUUCUAAUAUCUCUGUAAAAGAUGACUGCCUUCAACCCAUGAUGUCAUAUCACGCGGCGUCAAUCAUUGGCUCAGUGGCGCAUGCAUUGUUUACAUAAGGCAUUACAUAUUCAAGCAGAAUGGCGCCUUUUACUCAUUUUAAUACCCAUUUACACUAAAAUAGGAAAUAAUUUUUACCUACAAAUACUUCAAACGUCUUUAUUUAUUUUUCUAAUACAUGAAAAGAAUGUUUUAGUAUUUAAUUUGUCGGAGGAAAAAAGUUAAUAUUUGUGACUCAUUAAGUCACAUUGAUGUCAUCCUUAUCAGUGAUUGUCGCGGCCUAGCGAAUAUUCACUGCGGAUCAGUGUGUGAACCUCUCUGCGCAGGCAUCAGUUUCAUAAUGGUGGACCGAUUCAAAUGAAUGUUGUUUAUGUUUUCGUAGCGCACAAUUCUACAUGAAAAUAAUGUUGGAUUAUUAUAAAUUUGUGUCAGAUGUGGCAAGAAAUGACUCCUUUUGGCGAUCAAAGAAAAAUCACGGUGAAAAAUAGACGGUAAGGAUUCCAAAGUAGCGUUAGAACCGAGAUGGGGAAAAGCCCUAUUUUCAUGUUAGUUGUCAUUAGGACGUGCCAGUAACGAAGAGAGAGCACUAGGGGUCUCUAAGACUUCGUUACUAAAGUAACUACUGGAUAGGGAGACUUGCGUGGAGAAAGGAAGCUAGUGUAUUUACCAUUUUAUUCUUAUCUAAUGUCUAUAUAAAACUUGAUUAUACAAGUUUAUAUAAUUAUUUUGAUAUUUUUAUUUUGAAUUAUUAGUCCCCAGUACCAAGUAGUCUCAAGUGUGUGUGCAUGUGUGCACUUUAUAUCAUAAUGUAUAUUUACUGUUUGAUACAAACCAUAAUGUAUAUGUAUAUUUACUGUUUGAUACAAACCAUAAUGUAUGUCAAUUAUUACCUACUAGUAUUGAUUAAUAUAUUGAUUUUAUUGAUUAUAUAUAAUAUUAUUACAUUGUAUCUAAUAAAACUUUAUUAUAUAAUUAACAUGUUAUUUUAAUUU